CAUGCAUACAAUAUAUAUACCUUGCCAUCAAUUCAAGCAAUUUAUUUAUUUUUUUAAAAAAAUUAUAAAUAAAUUAAUAAAUAAAAGGACGUCGUCGUCUUAUAUUAGUAGUAAACCUCUGAUUUUUUACACACUCUCUCUUCCCGAAUCUCUCUCAGUUUCAGAGCUCCCACAGGUUCGUCUACAACCCCCGAGAGACUCUCUUUCUCUCUCUUAUUUCAGGAACUCUAAAUUUUCAGUUGUUUAGCGGAAGCGCAAUGGGAGGCUGAUUAUCAACUUGCAUUUUUUUUUUUUUGGGUAACAUUUUGGGGUUUGAAAUUUUGAAUUCUUUUUGGGCCAUUUUUUCUUUUUAUUGGUUGGAUUGGAAAUGCGAGUGAAAGAGAUGCAUCCAUUAUGCUGUAUCUCUCUAGAGAGUACUCCGGGAAUCGGGGACCAGUCGCCGGAGGUGACGCUUUCGAGGACACGAAGCUUGCCGGCGAGUUUGGCUGCGGUUUCAGCCGGAUCUGUGGGAGGCAAUGCAGGACGACCGCCGGGAUCUGAAAACAACGUCGCCGGAGUUCUGUAUAAGUGGACCAAUUACGGCAAGGGAUGGAGAUCCAGAUGGUUCUUGUUGAGGAACGGCGUACUUUCCUAUGCGAAGAUUCGCCGGCCUGAGAGUCUAAACUUUUUGACACCAAACGACGACGUUAGACUCAUCGGAGAGAUCUCAACCAAUCGGCUUUCGAGGAUGGAAAGUGGGUCCGCCAGAAGGAAACAACAGAAAACUGUUGGAAUCGUCCAUCUCAAGAUCUCAUCUUUCCGAGAAAGCAAGUCCGAUGACCGGCGCUUUUACAUAUUUACUGCCACAAAGACCCUUCAUUUGAGAACCGAAGCAAAGAGUGAUCGGUUGGCUUGGAUACAAGCCCUGGUCUCAACUCGGAGCCUAUUUCCUCUUAGACAAUUGAAUGAUAGUCUCUCCCUUGUACCGAAUGACUUGUCUAUAUCAACUGUUAAGCUUAAAAGACGCCUACUUGAAGAGGGAAUGGGUGAGAACAUUGUAAAGGAUUGCGAGCAAAUCAUGCUCUCGGAGUUCUCCGAAAUACAGGGACAACUCAAGGUUCUUUGUGAAGAGAGAUCCAACUUACUUGACACAUUGAGGCAGUUGGAGGCCGCUAAUAUUGAAGGUGAAGCAUCUGGAAUUCAUGAUGGUGAAUUCCAAUUAACCAAGCAUGAGUUUUCCAGUCUAGGUCGUGGAAAAUACAGUGAGUGCAGCACAACUGAAUCUUCUGAUGAUAUUGAAAAACAGGAGCUUGAGGAGGUUUCAGAUGAAGAUGAAACCUCCUUUUAUGACACAAAAGAGUAUUUUACGGAGCCCACCAUUAGUUGUAGAUCUAUGAAGUCGAUUGUAAAUAACAUGGAUAAUCAUAGUUUACCUGCUAGUCAAUUUGGAAAUACGGAUAAAAUGCAAACUCAGAAGGAAGGUAAUGAUUCUAGUUAUCGGCACAUUGAAAGAAGAAAAAAGCUUCCUGAUCCAGUUGAGAAGGAGAAAGGUGUUAGUCUAUGGUCCAUGAUCAAAGACAAUGUGGGAAAGGAUCUUACACGAGUAUGUCUACCUGUUUACUUUAAUGAGCCAAUAUCCUCCCUUCAGAAAGGUUGUGAAGACAUGGAGUAUUCUUACCUUCUGGAUCGAGCAUAUGAGUCUGGAAAAGUGGGUAACAGCCUCCAAAGAGCAUUAAAUGUUGCUGCAUUUGCAGCAUCAGCAUAUGCGUCGUCUGAAGGCCGGCACUGCAAGCCCUUCAAUCCUUUGUUAGGAGAAACUUAUGAAGCUGACUAUCCUGAUAAAGGAAUUCGUUUCUUCUCAGAGAAGGUCAGUCACCACCCAACACUCAUUGCCUGUCAUUGUGAAGGUAGAGGUUGGAAAUUCUGGGGUGACAGUAACCUCCACACAAAAUUUUGGGGGCGGUCAAUUCAGCUUGACCCUGUUGGAGUUCUGAAUUUAGAGUUUGAUGAUGGUGAAAUUUUCCAGUGGAGCAAGGUUACAACAAGUAUUUAUAAUCUUAUCAUUGGAAAAGUGUAUUGUGAUCACCAUGGGAUGAUGCAUAUAUGUGGUAACCGUCAACAUUCAAUCAAAAUAAAAUUCAAAGAACAAUCAAUUCUUGACCGAAAUCCUCACCAGGUUAAUGGAUUUGUUGAAGAUAUUAAUGGGAAAAAGGUUGCCACAAUAUUUGGGAAGUGGGAUGAUAGCAUAUAUUAUGUUAAUGGGGAUUGCAACAAGGCAAAGGAUUAUGCUUCACCAACCUUAUUGUGGAAAAGGAGUAAGCCCCCUCCUAAUCUCACUCGGUACAACUUAACUUCAUUUGCAAUCACACUGAACGAGCUUACAUCUGGAUUGCAGGAGAAGCUCCCACCCACGGAUUCCAGGCUUAGACCAGAUCAGCGGCAUCUGGAGAAUGGUGAAUAUGAGAAGGCAAAUGCAGAGAAACAACGGCUGGAGAAGAGGCAAAGAAUGUCAAGGAAAUUACAAGAAAAUGGGUGGAAACCAAGAUGGUUCCAGAGAGAGGGUGAAAAUGGGCCUUUUCGCUAUGUAGGCGGGUAUUGGGAAGCUCGUGAGCAUCGAAAUUGGGAUGGAUGCCCAGAUAUAUUUGGUGAAUUUAGUGACAGCCUUGUUGAGUUAUAGAAUCAAUCAUGAUUCAGUUUAAUUUUUGUUUCACCUGAUCAAAAUUGACGCUAGUACGUUGUGCUCACGAGCCCCUAGCGAAUAACAUGGUGUUGAGUAAUAUAUAACUUAACCUUGUGGAUGCAUGGGAUGGUUUCCAGGAUUGGCAUGGAGGAAGCUCCGCUUACAAGGAGCUUUGCUUCCUGAAAUGGAUUCCAUAGCAGAGUUUUCUCCGGAUCACAGUGCCGCUGAUUCUUACGCGGAAUUUUAAGCAAAGAAAUUUAUUCAUCGUCUAACUCUAAUUUGAUGGUUGGAUUGUUGUCAACUGCGGAAAUUUUAGCUCUUAUGUAUUGUAAUAUCUUGGUCUCUCCUUUUUUCUCUUUUUUUUUUUUUUUUUUUUUUGUCCUUUAGUAUGUGCUAGCUAUUGGCUGAGCAUUUAUUCCAUAAUUAUUUGUAUUUUACUUUAAGAAAAUAAUAAAAAGAAGGAAGGUGUAUGUUUGUAUGUU